CGAUCGGUUGUCUGCUUUUGUCACUUUUGAAAAUGUGGAUUGUACUGUGCGCUUUUAUUGCCCUUCCGCUGUUUUUGGUGGCCUAUUUCGAGCUUGGAUCACUGCGAAGAAAAAAAAUGUUGGACAAGUUCCAUGGGCCAAGUAUGCUGCCCGUGGUGGGAAAUGCCCACCAGAUGGGAAAAACUCCGGCAGAGAUAUUAAACAGAUUUUUUGGCUGGUGGCAUGAGUACGAUAAGGACAAUUUCCGAUAUUGGAUUGGAUAUUACUCGAAUAUAAUGGUCACUAGCCCUAAGUAUAUGGAGUUUAUUCUCAGCAGUCAGACUCUGAUAUCCAAGUCCGAUGUCUAUGAUCUCACACAUCCUUGGCUGGGACUAGGACUUCUGACCAGUACUGGCAGCAAGUGGCACAAGCAUCGCAAGAUGAUCACUCCUGCCUUUCACUUUAAUAUCCUGCAGGACUUCCAUGAGGUGAUGAACGAGAACUCAACAAAGUUUAUUGAUCAGCUAAAGAAGGUGGCGGCAGGAGACAAUAUCUUCGACUUCCAGGAUGAGACCCACUAUCUGACUUUGGAUGUUAUUUGUGACACAGCGAUGGGAGUUUCCAUCAAUGCCAUGGAAAACCGCAGUUCCUCCGUUGUCCAGGCUUUCAAAGACAUGUGUUACACCUUGAAAAUGAGAGCGUUCAGUCCUUGGAAGCGUAAUGACCUUCUCUAUCGCUUGGCUCCCGAUUAUCCGGAGUAUUGUAGUACUUUAAAAACUCUUCAAGAUUUCACCAACGAGAUAAUAGCAAAGCGAAUCGAAGCUCGAAACUCUGGGGUCGAGUACAAAGUCCAGGGUGAUGAAUUCUCCAGAAAGAAGAUGGCCUUCUUGGAUACACUGCUCUCAUCUACGGUUGACGGACGACCUUUGACUUCUCAAGAACUUUACGAAGAAGUUUCGACUUUUAUGUUUGAGGGACACGACACCACUACAUCUGGAGUUGGGUUUGCAGUCUAUCUGCUCUCCAGACAUCCGGAUGAACAGAAAAAGUUAUUCGAUGAACAGUGCCAAGUGAUGGGAGACUCUGGACUCUGUCGGGAUGCCUCAUUUCAAGAGAUAUCCCAAAUGAAGUACUUGGAUCUUUUCAUAAAGGAGGCGCAACGUCUUUAUCCGAGUGUGCCCUUCAUUGGUCGUUUCACGGAGAAGGAUUAUGUGAUUGAUGGGGACGUUGUACCAAAGGGCACAACCUUAAAUUUGGGCCUUUUGAUGUUGGGUUAUAAUGAUCGCGUUUUCAAGGAUCCUCAUAAAUUCCGACCUGAACGAUUUGACCUGGAGAAACCCGGACCCUUUGAAUAUGUGCCCUUCAGUGCGGGUCCACGAAACUGCAUUGGGCAGAAGUUCGCACUCCUGGAGAUCAAGACUGUGGUUUCUAAAAUCAUUCGGAACUUCGAGGUGCUGCCAGCUCUGGAUGAACUUGUUUCCAAGGAUGGCUACAUAAGUACCACCUUAGGGCUUCCCCCGGCGGAGAAGAAAAAGCGGGAUGCAUACGUCCAUAAAUACGAUCCCAUUUUAUCGGCUGCCAUGACUUUGAAAUCUGAGAACGGUCUGCAUCUGCGCAUGAAGCAGAGGCUUUAAGUGAGAUCGCCCAAAAAACGUUCGCUGCAUACUCUUAGGCCAACAACUUAUCUACAUUUUGUUGAGUAAAUGUAUAAACCGAAAUCUAUAUAACUUCGCUA